AUGACGCAAACGAUGCUGGAGCUGGGGGAGUAUGCAGCGGAACCCGCUGUGUGGGUGAACACCUGGCGGCAUCAGGGCCAUUUGCAGGCAAUGGUCCAGGGCAGGUCUCUCCUCGUCUCCACCGAGGACCUCUUCAAAGUCCUUCAAGGAUAUGCCAAUGCCUUGGCCAACUCCGUCGUAUACGCGCGCUGUUUCGUGAAGGAGUUGAACAGGAGAGCCCAACUCUGUCUCAUGGAGUGCACUGGAGUUUGUGACAGUGGUCGUGGGUCAAGACAAGCAUCAAUCGUAAACACAGUAUGUUCCAGGCAAGUACAGCGUGUUUGGACAAUGUUUUAUUGCGGCAUCAAAACCGAAUGA